AUGCUCCUGCGUGCCCUCGCCGUCAGUGCCGCACCCCGCGGUGGGCCAGGUGGCUGGGGAGGGCCUCACGGGCCGUGCCUGAACUCCACUGGUGUGGAUGUCCUUGUCGAGGGGUAUACAUACCUCCUCGAGUACCCAGGGGGGCCCGAUUUUAACAGCACGGCGGAGGCUAUCCUGUCGGAUGAGUUUGUUGUAGAGUCGGACUCGAUCUUGACGCUUUCUGGGAGGCCUCUUGGGCAACCAGCCUACCCGUCAAAGGAAGUCUACAUCGCAACACAAUUCCAGACGCCCCCUCUUCCUGUAGUGCAGACGUUGGACGUGUUUGCGACCUGUGACAGGAUCAGCUGGCGGUGGAACGCGAGCGGCAUCGGGAGCAACCAAUAUGAGAUCAAGGGGAUUAUCGUGCUGGACGUGGAUGUCGAGGAGGUGCAGAUCACCGCGGUGUAUAGCGAGUUUAACACGGCGGCGUUCGAGACUGACUUGGGUAGUGCGCAGUGUUAG